AUGCCGCCCUUCGGAAGCCACCACCAGAAUGCCUCCAACUCAGCCGCGGCGGGCAUCUAUCAGGCCGCGCAGAUGGGCUCGCUGGGCGCUCCCCACGGCAACCUGCGCGUAGCCACGUCGGGGCAGACGAGCUCAGGCACGGAUAUGCUGCUGCCCUCGAGCGGGAACGCCCCAGGCCACCAGUCGUCCCCCGGCGGGCCCUACGCAGCCCAGCCCGCGACCGCGCCGCCCGCUGCUGGAGGACUCCCCCCGCCCGGCGCACGCCAGCACUCGUACGAGCAGCCGCGACGGGGCACUGCCAUGGACCGCCCGCACGACGACCAGCAGCAGCACAUGUACAACGACUCGCCCGACCAGUACGCCGCGCCCAACAUCAACUUCCACCAGGCCACGCCCCAGGGCAGCCAGUACGCCAGCCCGCCCGCCGCCAUGCCCGGCAGUCUGCAGCCCGCCGGAGGGAACGCCCAGCAGCAGCAGCGCCCGGCGCCUUCCUCGACCUACUCGUCGCCCUCGACGGUCCCCACGCAGGCCACGCUCGCCAGCGCCCAGCAGUACACGCUGCCCACGCGCUCCAACACCAUCUCGCAGUCGCAGCCGCACUCUUCUUCGUCGCACUCGUACUCGCGCUCCAGCCCCGCCGGCAUGGCGCCCGACCAGAAGUACAUCCCCUUCUCCAACACGCCCGAGCAGCACAAGUACGCUGCCGGCACGCCUGCCCAGAAGUACUACCCCGCCACCUCCUCUGGCAACUCGUCCUACUCGCCCCUGGGCCUCGCCGACAUCAGGCCGCGCGCAAACUCGCACAUGGAGCAGGAGGGGACUGUCUACGGCCACGCCCUGGCGACGGAGCAGAACAAGACGGCCUCCAACAGCAACUACCUGGCGCCCUGGAGCAUCUACGCCUACGACUGGUGCAAGUGGAACGUCCCGGGCGGCAACAGCGCGGGCAAGAUGGCCGUGGGCAGCUACAUCGAGGACAACCACAACUUUAUACGCAUCCUGGACACGCAGAUAUCGCCGCAGGACGGCGCAGCCCCCGGCGCUUCCCCCUACAGCCUCGAGUACAACCCCAUCGCCGAAGCCACAUGCUCGUUCCCCGUCACGCGCAUACUGUGGGAGCCGCCGUCGUCGCAAAAGCAGUCGACCGACCUCCUCGCAACGUCGGGCGACCACCUGCGCCUCUGGUCCCUGCCCAGCACCCCAGCCAACACAAUGAGCAACACAAUAACGCGCUCAUCUUCCGUAAACACGCGCGAACCCCAGCUCCCCAAGCUCACCCCGCUCGCCCUCCUCUCCAACUCGAAAACCCCAGAGCACACGGCCCCCCUCACCUCCCUCGACUGGAACACAAUGUCCCCCAAGCUCAUCAUCACCUCUAGCAUAGACACGACUUGCACAAUAUGGGACAUUCCCUCGCUCACCGCAAAAACUCAGCUCAUCGCCCACGAUAAGGAGGUCUUCGACGUGCGCUUCUGCGCUGGCAGCGUCGACGUCUUCGUGAGCUGCGGCGCCGACGGCAGCGUACGAAUGUUCGACCUGCGCAGCCUAGAACACAGCACAAUCAUCUACGAGCCGUCCGACAAAACAGCCGACGGCUCCGGAAAAGGCUCCCCAACAACAGGACGCAUAUCCCCCACCAAAGCCCAACAAACAAUGUCCUACGCCCCACCCCUCCUCCGCCUCGCCGCCUCCCCCCACGACUCCCACCUCCUCGCCACCUUCGCCGCAGACUCAAACCUAAUCCGCAUCCUCGACGUCCGCCAGCCAGGCCAAGCCCUCCUCGAACUGCGCGGCCACUCCGCCGCUCUAAACGCCAUAGAAUGGAAUCCCUCGCGCCGCGGCAUGCUGGCCUCAGGCGGCGACGACUCGUUGGUCUUGAUUUGGGACUUAUUGCACGCCCAGAAUGGCGCGGUGAUAAGUCCGGAACAUGCUGCGGCCCCGCCAACGCAGGUUGUGCAGCAGCCGGCGCAGCAGCCGAAUGGGGGGGCGCAGGGGCCGCAGAAUGCGCCUGUGGGGCAGAAGGGGCCGUAUGCGAGUUGGAGGUGUGAUUAUGAGGUGGGGAAUAUUAGUUGGGCGCCGCAGAGUGCGUUGACGGGGCAGGGGGGGGAGUGGGUGGGCGUUGCGGGUGGGAGGGGGGUUUGGGGGGUCAAGUUAUGA